GUGAUCAUUUGGUUACUCUUUCACUUCAGGCUUGAAGCAGGGAGUGGUCCGACUUCCUCGGGUCUUACAUGGUAUUGGCAAGGGCGACGGACGAUGUGUUCGACAAGGUGCAACAAGUGUAUUCUGCUUGGGAGAGUGGACAAUUGCCGGGGAGAGAUGGUGUGAAGCCUGCCACCAAACAAGGUGAAUCAGGGAAAGCGCCGAGACCUGACCCCGGAUUCGAGUUGGAAAAAGGAGUCAGGGUUCCAGUGCACUGGAUUCAGGGUACUAGAGGACCUGGUUACCUCGUGGCUGUGCGCGAUCCAAAUGUCAGAUCAUGGAAGGCUAUGUCUACGUUGGGAAGGCGUGAGAGGCUUCAACUGUUGCGAGACAUUCUCACGGGAAGUGUCGUACUGGCUCCAAGUCUAAGUAAAGUUGCUCACACUGCCGGGAAACAUUCGAUGGAGACAUACGUGGAAAUGGUGAAGCAGGAAAGAGCAAUGUUGAGAAUGUUUCACUACUUCGUCUUCAUUUCUAACCCUCACAAGAAGCCGUCAGAGUGGAAGGAAUCAUUCUUCGACAACCUUUCUGAUUUGUUCGCUAAGUAUUGUGAUCAAGGAUUGACAUCGGAGAGGUGGAUCGACCAGCGAUGGCAUUUCAAGGAAACGAGUUGGGUGCGAUCAUUUCCGGCUACACUUGGAGGCGAAGAUGAGAAAGGAGAGGAGGGCUUCAAGAAAGCAAAAACGCUUGCAAAUAAAUGCCCCGAAGAGUUCAUUCAAUUUGUCAACAAGUUGUUGCGUAGAUCUGAAACUGGGGGUUCGCAUAGCAUUCGUAUGUCGGGACAAGCGAGAUAUAUACAUUUCCAGAAACAGAACGUGACAUCUUUAUUCAUGCCGUUCCAGUGCGAACCGAGCGAUGUUUCAGACGAGAUGAAUUGUAAGGAGAUGUUUAGGGCCGUCAGACACCUGACGUGCCACACAGUCGUCCUGGAUUUGUGCCGCCCGACCCAGAUGGGUGCGUGGACUGAACAAGUGUUUCAUGGACUCAAGAAGUUCAUGGACAAACUUGGCGGCGAGUAUUGGACAUUGUUGUGCUUCGUUCCACGUCCUUGCAAGUUCACAUUCUUGCGGCGAGUCGCGAUGUGGGACAUUCACUUGGAUCUUCUCAAAUGGACUCGUUUACAACAAACAAAGGGGAAAGGGGCAUAUAAGGUUGCAAACUUGUCUUUGGAGGACACAAACAGAAUGGUGGUCAUCAUGUACUCCAACGACGGGGAUUUUCAUCGCAACACUAUUCCCUUGUUUGAAGAUAUUCAAGCUGCAGGUCCAUCAUCUGCCGAGCGGGUGGCUGACAUAUCGGCACUUGUGUGGAGAGAGAGAAAGCCGAAGAUGUUGAAUGAUGUCGUGGAGAAGAACUUUCUACCAUCAAAGUGGAAAAUGGCAGGUAUGGAUCCACCGGAGAAAGUGGUCUAUGAUGGUAUGGAAAGGGAGCCGAAUGCGAUGGUGGAGACAUUGGAGCAUUUUUGUCCUGCGGAUGAGGCUAUCGUUUUCCUCGGGAAAGGUCAUGCGGGAUUGGUUUGGGAGCUGUUAAAGAGUCACCGUUAUUGCAUUGUGCUGGAAGGGGAGGGUAUGAAGUUCGAGUUCCUCACUCAGUUCAUUGAGAAGAUGGUCAAAACUCAAGAUUACUACGCCGACUUUACUAAGCCGCCUCCUCAACAUGAUGAAGGGCGUGAUCUCGUCUACAAGGUUGGCCAAAACGUUGUCAAUAUUUGGGAGUUUGUCUUCGAAACAAAGCCGCAAGACAGAGGGGAACGUACUUGUGUCCUCAGAAGAAGAAAAGUGGAGAAGCUCUUGAGGGGUUAUCGUAAAGCACCAUCAGAGAAGGAGGUUUCAUUUCUCGACCGCUUGGAGGCAAUGUACUUCGACCAACAAAUCGGGGGGCGUUUACAAUCGCAGGUUACGCGACUUGUUUUGUGGAUAGUGAGGACUUUGAUGUCGACGACUCAGAAGAAGAGAGUGUUGAUGACACUUUACAAGCGGUUUUGGCAGCUGAGAGGCAAAGAGCUUGUAGCCCGGGUUCGCAGAGAAUGGGUGUUCCAGGCACAUCGUCCCGUUCUGGAGGAGCUUCGAGCAUGGCGGUUUCAACGGGUCAGUUAAUGACUCAGCCGCCGACUUCUUCUAUUGUUACGUCGACUCAGAUGGCGGGCAAUACGAUGA